CGCUCGCGAGGGAAAAUAGUGGCUAUGAAGUCAUCCAGACGACGAGGCGGGCGGCUCAUCGGGCGGCCAGUACGCGACAUAUAGCUGCGUGCAAACGCGAUAGCAACUACGUGUCACUCGCUCUCGGUCGCCAUCCAUCUCCCCUCCUGAUCGAGAAUUCAAUUCACCAGAGAGAAAACAUGUCGCCGACGGUCGCCGCUUUCGCUCUCGUUGCGCUCUGCUUCGCUCAUUCUUGCCCGGUAGCAGCGGCGGCGGCGGAGACGGACGCCGUCUCAGCGCGGCGGCCGCUGCGGGGCAGCGACACGGUGGUCUCGGCGCAGGGCAAGUUCGAGGCCGGGCUCUUCAGCCCCGGCAGCUCCGGCCGGUUCUACCUCGGCGUAUGGUACAAGAACAUCCCCGUCCAGACCGUCAUCUGGGUCGGCAACCGCGGGAGCCCCCUGUCCAGCGCCGAGUCCGCCGAGCUCCGGGUGUCCCCCGACGACGGCGGCCUCGAGCUCGUCGGCGCCAGCGAGGGCGUCGUGUGGUCGUCGUCGAGGUCGAACCUGUCGUCGGAGGAGGAGUCGAACAACAACAACAACAACAACAACAACACUGCGGUGAUCCGCGACGACGGCAACCUGGUCCUCCUCGGCGGCGGCAACUCCUCCGACGUGCUCUGGCAGAGCUUCGACCACCCGACGGACACGCUGGUGCCGGGGGCGUGGCUCGGGGAGAACAAGCUCACCGGCGAGUACCAGGGGCUCACGUCGUGGCGGAACGCCGAGGACCCCGCGCCGGGCAUGUUCAGCAACACCGUGGACCGCAACGGCACCAGCGAGUUCUUCUACUUCUGGAACCGGACACGCGUCUACUGGCGGAGCGGCGUGUGGACGGGCCGCGUCUUCGCGCUCGUGCCGGAGGCGGUCAACAACGUGCUCUUCAACCAGACCUACGUCGAGACGCCGGCGUACCGGCGGCUCAGCUGGGCGCUCUACGACAACGCGACGAUCACGCGGCAGGUGUUCGAGGGGACGGGGCAGGCGAAGCAGUACAUCUGGGUGCCCGCCAGCCAGCGCUGGCAGUUCUUCUGGGCCGCGCCCACCGUGCAGUGCGACGCGUACGCCGUCUGCGGCGCCUUCGGCGUCUGCGACCAGAGGAGCCAGCCGUCCUGCCGGUGCCCGCCCGGGUUCGUGCCGGCGUCGGAGCGGGACUGGGCGCUCAGCGACUGGACCGGCGGGUGUCGCCGGAACUCGUCGCUCGCGUGCGCGCGCAACGGCAACGGGUCGUCGUCCACGUCCACGGACGGGUUCCUGGUGCUGCCCAACGUUAAGCUCCCCGACGACUCGCUCGCCGUGGGCGCCCAGAGCAAAACAGAGUGCGAGUCGGCUUGCCUCGACAACUGCUCUUGCCAGGCCUACACCUUCUCCGGCGGCGGCCUGUGCGCCGUCUGGCACGGCGAGUUCCGCAACCUUCAGCAGCUUUACGCCGACUCUGGGGCCUCGGGGUCGUCGGACCUGUAUCUCCGGCUUUCAGAAUCAGGGCUGCGAGAUUUGAGCAGAGCAAACAAGAAGAGCGAUGGGGGGCUACCACUGCAGCUUGUCGUCGGAAUCGUGUUGGCAUGUGUGGCAGCGGCAUUGAUCGCAUCGGCGCUGCUGGCCUGGUUCCUCCUUUCCAGGAGGCGGCGGCGGCGUCGGCUGGACAGCAUGGCGAACGAGGCGGGCUCCUCCUUGGCCGUGUACAGCUACGGCGACCUCCGCGCCGCCACCAAGAACUUCUCGAACCGGCUCGGCGGCGGAGGCUUCGGCUCCGUGUACCGCGGCGUCCUGAAGAGCGGGGACACCGUCACCGAGGUGGCGGUCAAGAAGCUGGAGGGUCUCCGGCAGGGCGACAAGCAGUUCCGGACGGAGGUGAACACGCUCGGGCGCAUCCAGCACGUCAACCUCGUCCGGCUCCUGGGCUUCUGCUCGUCGGCCGACGAGAAGCUGCUCGUGUACGAGUACAUGCCCAACGGCUCUCUCGAGGGCUACCUCUUCAAGGGCAGCGGCGGCUCGUGCCCGAGCUGGCGCGACCGCUAUGGCAUCAUGCUCGGCGUCGCCAGAGGGCUGGCGUACCUGCACGACGGCUGCCGCGAGUGCAUCAUACACUGCGACGUGAAGCCGGAGAACAUACUGCUGGACAGGGACCUGUGCGUGAAGCUCGCCGACUUCGGGAUGGCGAAGCUGGUGGGGAGGGACUUUAGCCGCGCCCUGACGACGAUGCGCGGCACCAUCGGGUACCUGGCGCCGGAGUGGAUCUCCGGGCUGCCCAUCAGCGCCAAGGCGGACGUGUACAGCUUCGGGAUGGUACUCUUCGAGCUCAUCUCGGGCCGACGCAACACCGACAGCUCCGGCGGCGGCGGCGGCGGGAGGGACAGUGGCGAUGAUGGCAGCGACGCCACGGAGGCGGAGGCGGGGCGGCCUGUGUCGACGUUCUUCCCGGUGUGGGCUGCGGGGAAGGUGGCGGCGGGGGAGGCGGGCGCCGUGGCGGACCCGCGGCUGCGCGGCGACGUGAGGGCGGAGGAGCUGGAGCGGGCGUGCAGGGUGGCGUGCUGGUGCAUCCAGGACCAGGAGGCGCACCGGCCGACCAUGGCGCAGGCCGUGCAGGCGCUGGAGGGCGUCGUGCACGUCGACAUGCCGCCGAUGCCGCGGACGCUGCAGAACCUGACGCUGGCGUGAUGCGAGGCGUGGGUUCCACUCCGGCCGGCGACGUUAAAAAUCAUCGUCCCACAUCAGGAGCGCAUCAAGCUAGAUCGUUGCUGAAUGAUACCACCUCAGUACAGUAUGUGAUAUGAUCUGAGAGACUGGAAGAGCAUGAAACUCAUGACAACGGACGACUGACGUUGGAAAUACGGGACCAACUAUGGAGUAGUCUGAAAACAAAUGGUGCAAGUCGAUUUCUCCGCCGUCAAAUAGAUACUUACGGAUCGCUAUACAAGGUGAAAUAGAUGAAAUAUGGGACUGACUAUGUGUAAGUUGACUGAUUUUUGUUUUUGGGCAAGUCGCCUGAACAAAUUUUAGGGUCAUUCACUUUUUUUA